UGGCAUUGAUGAUUACUAGCCUCAACAAGUGACGUUAAAGCUUCAUAAUGCAAUGCGCCUUCGGUUCAGCAAAUACCUUCACAUGUUCGCGACAUUUAUCCGAUAAAUCUAUCCAAUAUUCAUAGGUUGAUUUUGUCUCCGUCCGGACGGGUUCUUGCACGGUUGCAGGUCGGCCAAUAAGGGGACUUGUGGCAGUAAUGGCGGUAACAUGGAAGUUUCGCUGUUUGGUUUGGGUAAUGUUGUCUGGGUUUGUCACGGCGUAUGCUGCCAACUUCUGCUGGGCCAGUGACGGAUCAUGGACGGUGAAAGCUGCUGCAGGGAUCUUGGCUGGUUUGUGCGGAUUGUCAACUGUGAUAGCUCUUCACAUCUCAACUUUACGCUGUUCCGAGACCCACACCCUAGCGACUCUAUUGGCCCAGUAUUUGAUAAUGCAGGUUUUCGAUCUCAUAGCUCCUUCAGUUUACAGAAACUUAAAAAAAGUCUGGAAGUAUCCAAGGAAGGAGCAAGAUAAUUUUCUUUUGAAGCUGCUUGCCCGUGAUGCGAAGACGGAGUACGGCAUGACACACGGCUUCAGCGACAUCAAAUCUCUUCAAGAGUUCCGUGAGAAGCAUCCACUCACCAAGUAUGAGCACUAUCGAGAUUACUUCACCAGGCUGGCAGACGGGGAAAAGAACGUCUGCGUUGCGGCAACACUGGAGCGAUUUGGAACUUCGUCUGGCACAACAGGAAAGGGCAAGCUUAUUCCGAUGGUCACUUCAAGUCAUUUUCAGAAAGCAAACACGGUUCUUUCAAGAUUACUCUAUUCUCCAGACCCAGUGCAGAAGGUGGCUAUUCUUUACUCAAAGCCCGCGGAGAAGUUUACGAAAUCUGGCGCACGUAUUGCGCCAUUGGUGUUUUUUCCCGACAGUACCAUCUCAAACUUCUUUAUGUCCGCUGUCCAGAACACGCCGCCCAGUGGCUUCCAGAUUUCCUCCGACUUCGAAGCCACUUACGUCAAUAUGCUGUUCGCUCUCACGGACAAAAAUAUGGGGCAGUUUUUUGCGCCUUUUGCCUCGCAAGUCUACAGAGGAUUGAAAAUGCUGGAAGACGAUCGGGAGAUGUUUCUAGAGGAUCUGACUGAAGGAAGGGUCAACCCGAAGAUACAACUAGAUGAGGGAAUUCGACGGUCUCUGGAUGCAGCUUUGACGGCAGACCCAGCUCGAGCAGACGAGCUGAGGAGGGAGUUUGCAAAAGGCUUCGUGGGCAUCAUGGCUAGAAUCUGGCCUCAUCUUGUCCACAUGUCGACUAUCGACAUCUCUGGGUACAUGAAGAACCUUGAGGCAAGAUACUCAAAAGGUGUCCCACUAUACACGUCAGGCUAUGGGUGCACAGAGGGACUGAUUGGCUUGAAUGCAUGGAAGGAUAAGACACCACAGCAGUAUACGUUCCUCCCUAAUGACAUGCUGAUUGAGUUAAUCCCAGAACAUCUGAGUCCUGAAGAGAACCCGGAGACGCUGUUAAUGGAUGAGGUCGAGGUUGGCAAACGGUACGAGAUAGCCAUGACCACCGCAUCAGGGUUUUACCGUUACCGUAUGGGCGAUGUGGUCGAGGUUGUGGAUUUCAUCGAGAGUUGCCCAGUGUUUACCGUUUCGUACAGAACUGGAGAGCUACUGAAUCUACGCAGUGAGAAGAUUGACGUACUGGUGGUCAAUAAAGCCAUUCAAGAAAGCUUAGAAGGAUGGGAUGGAGCUACUCUAGUGGAAUGGACAUGCGCAGAGAGCCCACUUUUAUAUGAAGACAAAAAUGAUGGUGAAUACGACAUGUUUUAUUUGCUCUUCGUUGAGCUCGAAUCAGACAUAGAGAUCCGAUUAUCUGCUGAUCAGAAGUCACUGUUCGACAAAUCUCUGCGGAAACAGCAUGAGUUCUACGAGCAAUACCGGAAAGUGGGCACAAUCUGCGGGGCUUGCGUUGAGGUCGUUCGCCCUGGCUCCUUCAAUAAACUUAAAUAUCACAUCAUAGCGACCUCUACGUCCAGUUAUAACCAGUUUAAGAUACCCAAGAAGUUGCGCACCAAAGCUCUUCUUGAUUUUAUGUUGGACUGUGUUGUUAAUGAUAACGAUUAGGUGUUCGGGUUUAGCGGUGAUCGGGUGAGAGGUGCUCGGCAUGUGCAAAACGUGAAUAAAAGGUUAAAAGGAUAACAAAUUUGUGGGUGCCGAGUUUGCACGGUGCCGAGUUUGUAGUGGUGCCGAGUUGUCAAGGUGCCGAAGUGACCAAUACCCCUUGGUAUCAUCAAGAGAUCCAGUCCAGAGAAAUGUGGUAUUAAGAUCGAGCUGAAAUAACACAAUAAACUGCAAAACCCCAACUUA